AUGGAAAAACAAACACCAACACCUCCACCACAAUUUACAACUCUUGUUGGUUCACAAUUACCUCGACUGCCAACAGAUCAUGAAAAAGUUUUAGAUACACUUGAAAAUGAUUUUAAAAGAAUGGAUAAAAUGUUUGCUAGUGGAGAAAUGAGAGUUUUCGAAUUGGAUUUAAUACGUAGCAAACAAAUUUCUUUAGCCGUUGAACAUAUAUCUUUAGAAAAUUUACCAGACAAGGAGAUGCCAUUAGGAAGUGGAAUAACUGAAGAUUCCGAAGAAAAUUUUAAACGUAAUUCUGAAAGAUUUGCAAAGAAAGAACAAGAUUUAAAUAACUUGAUGGCAAAUUUAAAUAAUUUAAUGGGAAAGUUGGAGGAAUUAGGACAAUCGAUGAAAAUUUCUGAGCCAAAGACAUAA